AUGAGAACUAAUCCCUCAACACUUGCCGGCGUUUUCGUCUUAUCUUCAAAUUUUAUCUCUAUCUUUGCCGAUAACUUCGUUCCUCCACCUACACCAGUGAUCGGAGGUGAUGGACCUAGACCUCCAGCUGUAACGGCCACUGCUGUACCUGGUCCAUGGACCCCGCCCAAAUCUAACGUUAUCAUCAAUGGUCAAAGUUUUCCGCCUCCUUCAAUGACCGGCAUGGGGCGACAAAUGCAAUUAAAUAGUGCUACAGACUUUUGUAUCCUUAUGCCACCAGAUCCUACUACUCAAAAUUUAGUAGACGCUGAAGCAGUUGCAGUCACAUAUUGUAUCAACCCUUACAAUAAUACCAGACCUCUACCUGAUGGGUUCAUUAAAACUGCUCAUUUUAGGAAAACCUCUGAUUACGUUCAGAUCUCUGGAACGUAUAACCCAGCUAAAAUGAAUUUGGGAGCAAAUGAUUGCGGUGGCGAGUACGAUAACCAUGGAGCUAUGGGAGUGGGUAAUCCUGUAGGAGCAGCAGUCGACGGAGCCCAUGACUUUAUGCAAUUUAUGGGUGGAUGUGAUAUUCCUGGAAAUGCAGUGUUUUGUUUACGUGCAUGUCAUGGACCCAACUCGUACCCUUAUUGUAAAAAUACCUAUGAUCUCAUGGGCUGUUUAUGGACCAUGCCAGGAGAUUAUGAAGAACCAGGUUUCACAAAUUGUGAAGCAAACUUGGAUUUACCAGUAGGAGCCUAUCCCGGAAACGGUACAACAUCCACAUCAACUUUCGUUCAAGGUCAAAUGCCUACUCCAUUACCAGUAGCAGCACCCGCUUCAUCUCUUUGUCAAACUACCACUUCACCAGCUCCUUCUGGUGUAACUUAUUAUUGGGAUGGUACAGCUCCUGCUCUACAAACUGGAACAGCUAAUGCAGGUAAACAAGGUAGUUCUAGUCAAAACGGUAGCUCUGGUCAAACUGAUACUUCAAAGGGAGCAAAAUCAGAUGCUUCUAUAUUGCGAAUGAAUUCUUUACUGUUGACCACUUUUUUUGUUGGUUGUUAUCUCACAUACAACUCAUAA